AUAUACACACACACAUUAGAAGACCGCCCACCGCAGAACUAAGACCCCAUUCGAUUUAAAGCCAGACAGCAUUCAGAGGCUGACAUUCAUUCAAUAGAUAGAGCGAUCAUAAGCACAGGCUGUGCGACGGGCGUGAUCGCUCUUUCUCUCCCUCGCCUGACUCUUGCCACUCGAGGUUGCGUUCUUCUCGUUCACUUGGAGGGAAAAGUAAUUUAAGGAUGUUAAACCAGAGAAUCUUUCCGGGCAUGGUUUUAUUCCUGAUGUUUUUCUGCCACUUCAUAGAAGAUCAAACAGCACAAGCUGGGAAUUGCUGGCUCCGGCAAGCCAGGAAUGGUCGCUGCCAGGUCCUCUACAAAAACGGUCUCAGCAAGGAAGAGUGCUGCAAGACAGGGAGGCUCACCACUGCCUGGACGGAGGAGGAUGUCAGCGACCACGUGCUUUUCAAAUGGAUGAUUUUUAGCGGAGGGGCCCCCAACUGCAUCCCCUGCAAAGAAACCUGUGAGAAUGUGGACUGUGGACCUGGGAAGAAAUGUAAAAUGAACAAGAAGAACAAACCUCGGUGUGUCUGCGCUCCAGAUUGCUCAAAUAUCACAUGGAAGGGACCUGUGUGUGGCUUGGAUGGGAAAACCUACAAAAAUGAGUGUGCCCUCCUGAAAGCCAAAUGUAAAGAACAACCAGAUCUUGAAAUCCAGUAUCAGGGCAAAUGCAAAAAGACAUGUAGGGAUGUUUUAUGCCCAGGCAGUUCCACAUGUGUGGUUGAUCAAAAUAAUAAUGCCAACUGUGUGACAUGCAAUCGGAUUUGCCCUGAACCAACUCUACCUGAACAGUAUCUUUGCGGGAAUGAUGGAAUAACAUACGCAAGUGCCUGUCAUCUAAGAAAAGCUACUUGCCUGCUUGGAAGAUCCAUUGGCCUAGCCUAUGAAGGAAAAUGUGUCAAAGCCAAAUCUUGUGAAGACAUCCAGUGCAGCACUGGGAAGAAAUGCUUGUGGGAUUCCAGAGUGGGCAGAGGACGGUGUGCCCUUUGUGAUGAGCUAUGUCCAGAAAGCAAAUCAGACGAAGCUGUCUGUGCCAGUGAUAACACCACUUAUCCAAGUGAGUGUGCCAUGAAGGAAGCAGCCUGUUCCCUGGGUGUGCUAUUGGAAGUAAAACACCCAGGAUCUUGCAACUGAAUCUGCCAAAUAAACCUGAGCCAUUGAGUCUCCAGAACUUGCUGCAGUUAUGACUUCAUAGAUUAUGUAACACACACUUUACACAUACAUGCAAAAAGACAAACAAAUAAAUAAACCAAAACCCACAAUCAACUUUAUUGUAUAACCACAGGUGCCAAAGUGCAUCUCACUGCAAUCUACGCUUUAAAAAACAUGCCACAUCCUAUUUUGGCUAUGCAGGGGGCUUUGAAAACAUGCACAGACAGCUUCUGCGCUUUGUCAUCCGUAUUUAAACAAGAGCUCCCCUGUAUUCUCCUAUCUAGCCAUCAAUGAAGAGCCUGAGGAAGAGGAUGAAGAGGAUGACCAGGACUACAGCUUUCCUAUAUCUUCCAUUCUAGAGUGGUAAAAAAAAUCUCCAUCACUUUUGAAACAGCCAUUGGGCAAGAAUUACAAUGUCCAUACUGUACAUAAGUGUAUGCUUAUUUAUUUGGGGAAGAAAGAAGUAUACAUAUAGUUGAAUCUUGUAGACAUUUAUUUAUACUGUGUCAUGUUUUAUAAUUUAUACAUUAAAGAAGUCUGAUUGACUGUACACCUUUUUUUGAAGAAGAAGAAAUGUAAUCGUUAUGGGAUGAGCUGUGUUAUUUAUUGUGAGGUCUCUUGCUUGUAAAGUAAAGCUUUUUUUCUUGUAAACUAUAAAUCCAUUCCUUAGAGCCUAACCCUCCUCCCCAAUUACAAUUUUCAGCUCCUUAUUUCUGCCAAUGUUAACUCUUUUCCAUUUUAACAAAACUUUGCAUGACAGUUUCAGUUACAUUUUCUAUUUAUUGUGUUUCCUUCUUGCCAAUUCUGUAUAUAAAUACAUGAUCCCUCGGAUAUUUGUUUACAAGGAAUCUUGACUGACCAAAAGGCGCUGUAAACUGAGUUAAGUAUAUAUUUGAGGUGGAAAGAGGGAAAGCUUUAACAAAACCUCUUUCCCUGGCUAUGUUCUCUGAUUGUAUCAUGUAGUAAUGGGAUCUCAAAAUCCUGAACGUUUUUAUUGUACUAUGAU